UUUUGAUUUACACAACCCUAAUAAUAGUCCAGCUGAACGAUGAUGAAUCAAUAUACUUUGCGAGCGUCGAAUAUGAAAUCUUUGAGGCUGGUCAGUGUGAUUCAUCACGUAUGUCAGAUGUACCACGUGUUGAUAGUUAGGUCAUGCCUCGCACUGGAGAAACACCGUCCUGUAGGUCAGUAGCAUGACGGUUGUUUUGCCUUGCAUACCUUGCAUAGCCUCAGGAUUCAGGUUCACUCGAAAGAAAAAGAAUUAUUUUUAAAUUUCUAGAAAUCGAUAUAAUAAAUGAUGUUCUUCCUGUCCAUGAAAGUUUGAAGAAGCCAAAAAAUCUGACAUUUACGAGCACUCAACUUUGAAGUCUGACGCGGAAUAGUGGGAACACAGUUGAUAAUCCCUGGACAAUACGACAUAAAGCAACGACACAGCCGACAUCGAUGGCACGGGGACUCGCAAGCACCUGGUGGCAUAGAAACCACCUUCAAUGUUUGAACUAUCCUGACUUGCCGACCAAGAAAGAACUCAUCUAUCGCAUCUUCAGAGCCGCGUAUCCUCAUGGCGCAUUCGUAGACGACGACCUUAAGCUCGCCGAGCUAAGAGACAAGGACACCGUAUGGCAGAACUUGGAAACCGAGAUGUACGAAGCUCUCAAAGACCUCCAAGCCUUCGUCAAUACCAUACCCGCGGAGCAACCACGAUUAAAAGGCGAUAGCGAAGCCCUGAGUAUACUGGGUAGAUACUUUGCUGCGCUCCUGCAAGAGGCGCGACAGGCUCUGUACAUAUCGCAGAACGGGCGCUACUUUGAGUUUCGGUCUAUGGAGGAGCUGGUGGUUAGGUAUAAGCGCACCGGAGGCAAGGCGUGGACUUAUGAGGACCCCGAUGAUACGGGCGUGCCGACCGUUGGCGGGUGGACGUUUGCUAGAGAGAACUUGGAGCUCACACAGGGGAGCGAGGUGAAAUAUUUACAGCUGCGGUUGAAGACGUUGGAUGCACAGAGAUAAUGUUGUUGGUUUGGGUCUUCUGGAUGCUGUAAGGGUAUGUUGGAACGGGAAUAGGGGCGUUGAGGCGGUGGUUUGGAGAUACCAGAUUGGGUUGACUUUGGUCAUGGCCUGGGAGGAGGGUAUGUUUCAAAAGAAGGGAAUAGGUACUAGAUAGGAGAGUAAAAGUUCUAAAAGGGGACCCUAGGGAUAUAUAAUUAGGGGUUCCUUAGAGUUAUAACUGCUUCGAUUCUUCUCGGAUGAACGAUUUCCGCGCCGAAGGGAGCUGCUUAUCGUUGGAGAGCAACACAUUUAUUGUAUUGAUGAAUGUUUGUUGAUUCCAAU